UGGGCCUCCGACCGAGCCGCGGCCGAGCGACGCCUCGGCCCGGGCGCUGGGGGACCCCGCGGCGGCGAGCAGCAGGAGGAAGCGGCGGCGGCGGGUCCCGAGCGGUGCGCGCCAUGUCGGGCGGGCCCCCCAAGGCCCUGCCGUCCACGGGGCCCCACUCCCUGCGCGACAUGCCGCACCCGCUGGCCGGCUCCAGCAGCGAGGAGGCCGUGGGCGGCGACAGCACGCCCAGCCCGGACCUGCUGAUGGCCCGCAGCUUCGGCGACAAGGAUCUCAUUUUGCCCAACGGCGGGACUCCAGCAGGCACCUCGAGUCCAGCUUCUUCGUCUUCCCUUCUCAACAGACUCCAGCUUGACGAUGACAUUGAUGGUGAGACCAGAGACCUCUUUGUCACAGUUGAUGAUCCCAAGAAGCACGUGUGUACGAUGGAGACCUACAUCACGUACAGGAUCACCACCAAAAGCACUCGGGUGGAGUUUGACCUGCCAGAAUAUUCUGUUCGUCGAAGAUACCAGGAUUUCGACUGGUUGAGGAACAAACUGGAAGAAUCCCAGCCCACUCAUCUCAUUCCCCCACUUCCUGAGAAGUUUGUAGUGAAAGGUGUUGUGGAUCGUUUUUCAGAGGAGUUUGUGGAGACCAGAAGAAAGGCUCUGGAUAAAUUCCUGAAAAGAAUUACGGAUCAUCCUGUGCUCUCCUUCAACGAACACUUUCACGUUUUCCUCACUGCUAAGGACCUGAACGCCUAUAAGAAGCAAGGGAUGGCCCUGCUGACUCGAGUGGGCGAGUCAGUCAAGCACGUCACUGGCGGCUACAAGCUGAGGAGUCGGCCCCUCGAGUUCGCAGCCGUAGGCGAGUACUUAGACACGUUUGCACUCAAGCUGGGGACGAUUGAUCGAAUAGCCCAGCGGAUCAUCAAGGAAGAAAUAGAGUACCUCGUGGAGCUGAGAGAAUAUGGGCCGGUGUACUCCACGUGGAGCGCGUUGGAGGGGGAGCUGGCCGAACCCCUGGAGGGCGUGUCAGCUUGCAUCGGCAACUGCUCUGCGGCCUUGGAAGAGCUGACGGAUGACAUGACAGAAGACUUUCUACCUGUGCUCAGGGAAUAUAUUUUAUACUCUGACUCCAUGAAGAGCGUGCUGAAGAAGCGGGACCAAGUGCAAGCAGAGUACGAAGCCAAACUGGAAGCCGUGGCCGUGAGGAAGGAAGAACGGCCCAAGGUACCAGCAGAUGUUGAGAAGUGUCAGGAUCGGAUGGAGUGUUUCAACGCUGACCUGAAAGCCGACAUGGAGAGGUGGCAGAACAACAAGAGGCAGGACUUCCGGCAGCUGCUCAUGGGAAUGGCCGACAAGAACAUCCACUAUUACGAGAAGUGCCUCAUGGCGUGGGAGUCGAUUAUCCCGCUGCUGCAGGAGAAGCAAGAGGCCAAGUAAGUUCCUUCCUGGGACAGAGACUCUUCCACCUGCGCGGGGCCUGGCACCCACCCCGGGAUGUCCCUGCGGUGCCAGGGAGGCGGCACCGAGAGGACCACCGCAGAACCAUCUCUCCUCCGUGUACUUCUGUCCCUUCCCCUCGCCUCCGUCCGACCGUUGUUUUCAGUUCGUAUUUAUUCCUUGGUGGCGUCUGUCAGGCGUACUCAUCUCUCAGCGGAAGAAGCAUACCUCCACGUUGUGACGGGGCCUGUUCAGGGGGACCCCGCGAAGAUUUGAAACUGCGGGACCAGACAGCCCUCGGCCGACAGUCUGACAUCUCGUUACAGUGCCCUGUUUGGGGAAGAGAACCUGGGUCCUGCUUUGCAAGGGCGCAAGGAAGGCAUGAAUGGAAGGCAGCCCUGGCUUUCUACGGAUACACAGUCGACCCAGAAUUGACCUCCGUGGGCCUGGCUUGUCAUCCUACAGGGAGGUGUCGGCACCUCAGCGGCAAGUCCUUAAUGAACAGUGGCCUGUAGCCGUGACCUGGCCUGCUGCCUGCCCGUGAUGAGUGACACCUGGGUUAUGGCUUCCGGUUCAUGCAGGACCACUGAGAUCAGUGUCUCGAUGCAUCCGCACCAGAGCGAGCAAGCCCGCAUCCCUGUCCUCGUCCGAUGCCUUGGGAGACUGAGGGGGCAGUGCUCCCCGAACUUGUUUGACACUAAAAUGCAGAUUGAAAACUGUUUUGUGUAAAAUGAAGAAAAGGUGCAUUUUUCUCUGUGACGUUCUUCAGUGUUCUUCUUUUGCUCGUUACAUGUCAUCAGGGUAGAGAUUAGGCCCGUUAGGGAAUAUCCGUCGUCUUGAAGUUGGAGCCGCUCCCCGGUGGUUGAGCCCAGCGGGCAUGUCCCGAGCCCCGCCUCCCAUGUCUGCUUUGUGCAAUUUGCCUUUACCUCAACCGAAAAUUCCUAGUUUAAUGUUUCCUGCUGUGUCCCCUGAGUGUUCGGGCAAACUUUCAGCGAGAGGCUGGCGGGUUGUUACGAUACAGUCAGGAUUUGAUACACUCAGUGUGGGUGCUCUGCAUGAAGUGCUUUAACCUUAGUAUUUCCUGGUCAGGAAGAAAAGUCUGUAUCCGGAUGGGCCGCAAAGAUGACGUGUAUGACAGUGAACUCUUUGCUUCUAGUUGAGCUCAGACCUCCUCAAUUUGCAGCUCAGUUCCUGGGGACUGCUGGCUGCAUCGAGAGUCUUCAUUUCAAACUAUCACCAGGUUUACUUUUCAAGUGUGUCAGCACAAAACAGACAAAAAGGAUCUCUCUUCCAACUCGUUUUUUUUCCCCUCUUGAAGUGAAGCUACCUGCGUCAUGUUUGUGUUCUUUCAUCUGUGGCUCAUCUGUGUCAAAUUAUAAAUCUGAGCCUCAAGCAGCAGGAGUAGUGGUAUUAUUUUAAUGAAACCCUGUGCUGAGACACCGCUGCAUGUGCGAGUUAACCUGCACUUACUGGUCACCGUGCAGCCUGCUGAAAUCACUUCAUUCCGCAUCUAGCUGCAGAGUUGGUCCCGGGCCAGCCACAGCCGUGAUGCUGGCGGGGCAGCAGUUGGACAACACAGAACAGUUUGGUUCUGUUCUUAUCAUGUUUAAAAAAGUCGUGGUUUUAAAUGAUAAUUUUCAUAUCAAUUGGUACGUACGUGCGCUGUCAGACCCCAUUCAUGCCAUUCUAAAAUCCUUUGAUGUGAAGUUUUUGUUUGGUACAAUUAGAAAUGAGUCAUUGAAGCAGAAGGGUCAGAACAGUCCAUCGACCCCGAGCGGUGAUUCAGUGUUUCAUUCUACCUCUAAGCCAUCAUGUUGGCGUGGGUGUGGAUGGCCAGGUCCAACCUGACGUGUGGUAGAAUCAGGGCAUGUACCUAACAGUAAGUGAAGGACCUUCUGUUGAUAUUUGGCAGAAGACAGCAAACUGACCCAGAGCCAAAUGCUCAUCUGUGGGAGUGUGAGGUCUUGCCUGGUGGAAUGUGUGCUUGAAAAAUACUGUCCAGUGUAACGGAUGCUUGGAAAGACCUGUGGAAGAAGUUACAGGAAGACUGGGCUCUAGUCUGUUGCAGUUGCCAAAGCGCAGGGACAUGCCUGUGGAAGGGUUAGUUGCACAAGAAGGCAGCCCCUCAAAAGGAAAAAAACCAAAACCCAUCAGGUUCCUCAUUGGGACAUUUGGGGAAGAGAGCAGGGUACACAGUCAUUCCCUUACAUUAUCGGAGGCAGAAGACUGGUUCUGAAGGGAUUCUGGCAUCUUGGGCUUUUCUCUUUAUUUGUUUGGUCCCCACGUGAUGUCCCUGUGCUUUAAGACCCCAGAGAGAGCUGGAAUAAGGCAGGCCGACCUCCAGCAUGCCACUGAUAGCAGAGCUUGGGAAACCAGGGUGUGUUGCAGCCUUUCUUAGAGAAAUGGUCUUUCCAGGAAAGGGAUCCUUGUCCCUUACUUCGGCCGGGCAUCUGAUGAGGUGAGGAGGCUGGCCCAGAAGGCAAGGGGUAGGAGGCAGUGGAGGAGGCCCUCCUGCCCUUCCUACUCCCACAGCUCCCUCGGGCCCCAAGCAUUCCCCUCCUCAGCUCCAUCAGCAUGAAGGCUGUUCCUUUUGAGAAGUGUAACCUGGAGACUUCUGUGCCAAAGACAGCCUCGUGGAGGCUUCAUCGCCCCAUCCUCCUUGGCUCCACCAAGUUGUGGUGCUGAGAUCACCAAGUCCCCUCUUGUAUUAAUUUUCCAGGAGAUUUUGGCUUGAGGAUGUGCUGCCUUGCACGUGGACAGGUUUUCAGGCUUGAACACAUGGCAGUGGAGUGGAAAGUCAUCCCUGUCAACUGUCCCUAGGGCCAGGGAAGCAAAAGUAUCCACUCACCUGGGUUAAAAAUCCAGCCUAAGGUGGAAGAGAGAAUUCCUAGAAACAGAGCAGAUUUGAGAGAGUCAGGUGAUUGUCAAAGAGAGCAGUCGUGAUUUGUAGCAGAUACGGACACUGUUUGUCCUUAUCAUAUGCUGGAUCUACAGGGAAGACUCCAGGCCACUGUGCUCAAAGCAAGGAACUGCUGCUCCUGCUGGAGGAGAGAACGGAUUACACAGCCGGGUUGGGAUUGGGUUUUAUCCUUUAGUAAGAUUUGAUGAUUCCUGGUGACCUCAGACAAGUGCGAUUAUGGAUGUGAUUGGCUCAUAUUUCACCGUGCUGCUCACGGAACCCACCACAACCCUUUCUUUAGCUGAAAUAACAAAAGCCAGCACAACUCUGGGAAUCGUGGGGAAUGUGUGCUAAGUUUGUCUUCACGCCAAAUUUCAGCCACACCCGGAGUGUGUUCUACAGUGUUGUUGAAUGUGUUUUCUCAGUGGCCGUCCACACGAGGGAAUCCAACGCAUACCUGCUGCUCGCUUCUUGUGAGGCUACCUUUGGUGAUGGGGCGACAGGAAGUUCUGUUGAGAGAAGGGCACGAUGCUAUGUGGUGGUCUGCAUGUGGACCUUCGCUCUUGGGACGGUAUCAGCCCAAGAAACACCCAGAGUUUGUGUGACGUGGCCCUGCCAUCAAUAGCAUUGACAUCAUGGGCACCUGGCUCUGUCUGGAUGCCAUUCACUGGACUGCACAAUGGUCAUUCUCUGCACUCUGUCCUGAGCUGGCAAGAGAGGAGGGAGAGGGGAGUCCAGAGCAGCCUCUCUUCUGGGUGGAAAAUGCUGUUUUGGGCAGCCAGAGUAGAGCCCAGUUCUGACUCAUCCUAAGACCCCAACAGGUGAGGCCAACACAGGUCUACCUGUGGUCAGGGCAGGGCACGUGGAUCUUGGACUCUGCCUUCCCAGAUGCCAACAUUCAAGGUCUGUGGAAACUGGGUAAUCUCAUCAUAAGGCUGGAGGCACACUGCCUUGGCCAUCACUAUCUACAGAAUUCUGUUGGACGUUUGGGUCCCCCUUCUCACUUUCAAAAGGCCUCCAGGUGGCGCCAGCUUGGACACUCACUUCCUGUGUUUUCUCUGUUCAGAAGGCAAGUAAACUUGAGGGAGAUGUCAGCCCUCGGGGCAGACCUACAGCUUGGGCUGGAGUUGGAGUUGUUCACCUCUCCCUCGUGGUUUUCUUUAAUUCAGUGAAUAAACCAGAAAGCUGAUUUUUCACCAACCCACCCAACAGGUGGUUAGCUUUCUGUGUUAAGGGUAUCUAAUCUCCUCAUAGUUGCACCGAUCGGUGUGUGUGCAGGGCUGUCUGCAUGGGGAAAGGGUGGGGGUGUCAGGUGGGCCGCGACUGUUCUUUCUUAAUCAUACGUGUUUGAAAUACUCUCUGGGUAUGAGUGUCUAACCCUUUCUGUGUGGCAAAAAAAAAAAAAAUUAUCCAGGUAGUUUUUACUACUAUAGAUAGCCUGUAAAUAAGUGCUUUGAAAAAAUAACUUUAACAAACCGAUAAGCUAUUUGUCUCAUUUAUAAUCAUUCUGUGUACCUAGCACUUGAAACUCAACAAAUCUGGACUUUUAGAAAUGCCACAGACUGUUAAAAAAAAAAAACCUAACUCCUUUUUGAGAACUUGUCAACACCUACUAAUAUGCCUUAUUCUUCGACUAGUGUUUUUUAGAUUCUGGAUAGAAAGAGUUUUUAGAAAUGUAAUCAGUUGUUCAGCUUAAAUACUUGAGGGCCUAACAUAGCCAGUCUUCAUUGUUCUUAAAGAAACAAGCAAGAAAGUGAGGUUCAUAAUUAGGGCCGCCUUUUGGGAGGAGAAAGCUAAGUCUUGCUAUUGCCAAAUGAUAUUUUUGAUAAUGUAAGGAAACACAGGGACCACAAAACCUUUUUAUUGUUUGUUUGUUUUUGUUUUAAAGUAUGAAAGAUUCGUGUCUCUGGCACAUUUUUGAUUGUAGAGGCUAUUAUGGUAUCAGUAUUGACAAAUCACAAAGGUACAAAGAACUGUAGAUCAUGACAAUAUUAAAAGUUUACCCCGAUUCUGGAGAACAGCUUUUUGAAAGGUACUGUGGGGGCCUCAGAGCAGCGUAUUUUGGAUAGAAAUUCUCCACAGGUUGAAAUGCCAAAAACAUAAAACAUAUGGUAUUGACCCACCUAAUUUAGUCCAUUUUAAUAGAGCUUUUCCUAUUAAGACCAGUGGCUGGGUGUUACGCACGCAUCUCCCCCAGCAGUGCCGCUCUCUCACCAGGUGAUUCUGGGCUCCCUGGAGGCCAGGUCUGUGAGCAAGUGACACCUGCUGGCACCCCUGUUUGACAGGCUGGCUCAGAGUCUCAUACCAUCCCUCCAGUCACAAAUGAUACUGGAGGAGGAAAAGGAGAUCACUUUCUCCCUAGUGGGGAAAUGGGGAGGGGAAAAUACAUUGCAAACAACAAUGUGAAUCAGUGGCAUAAAACGAGGCCUGUGUCAGCUGGGCCUUCAUCCAAUACCAAACCAGCAGCUCUUAGCAGUCAGCACCGUUCGCCCGGACACUCCUGAGGUUUUGGUCCUGUCCAGUAGCACCUGCACUUGUGUGCCUGCUCCCUCGAUGUCCGUGCGUGGGGAGUGCGUUGAGACAUGAUGUACAUCUGAUGUAUUCCCGUGAAAUAAACUGCCAGCAAACUUUCUAACUUGUAUUUUAACUGUUGAAAACAAAAAAACAAACCUUUUGUUUAGGUCAUGUCCAGCUUAUGGACUGUGUUAUUUUUAGAAAUCAUUCUUUGACAUUUAAAAUUUUAAAAGGAAAAAAAAACCCGAGAGAGUGAUAAAGUCCUCUGUGUAAAUGUGUUCUCUUCUCUCCAUGCUGCCAUUAAGCCAAAUCAAAAGCUGUGAAGAAAAAAAAAAGUGCUUGAGAAUGUGCGUAGAUGAGAAAGUGAUUUCUUUACAGAUCAACAUCUUUGUUCCAUGAAGCUACCAAACUUUAAAAAGAAUGUCUUUUUUUUUCUUUGUUAAUGGAACCCAGAGAUUAUAAAAAGAAAAUAAGUUUUUGUUGCAUUUUUGAUGCUGGCAUGAGGUUUUUGUCCACUUUCUUUCAUAUAUCUGUGUAUAAAAAAUUCUGUCCAUUGUUUACUAUGGGAUUAGUAUUACAUUUUGAGGUAAACAAAAGAAUUUGUAUUGCUUGAUAAACUAUUAGCUUGUAACUUUAAAAAGGUUUCUUUACCUCAGUUAAAGUAAUGGACCAAUAAACCUAUAAAAGAUGCUUUCUUUA